AAAGGACACGGGGCUGAAGAAGGUUCUGGUACAUGUGUGCGUGUUUACAUGUGUAUGAACGGUGUGGAUUAGCUGCAGGAAACCAUCAGAUGAAUGGAUCAGGUGUUUGUUUAUGCCCAGCAGGUUUCCAGACAAACAUAAUGCAGCUUAAUCUGACAGCCUGCUGAUGAAAGGGGAACGUCGCAGCACAUGCCGGUAUGUUCAUGGUGGCAGAUGCUGCCCAAUCAUAUAGGUGCUGGUAAAGUGUGAAGGAUCACAGGGCAAAUCUCCUCAGCCGCCAGCUGAUGAACGUGCUGUUUUCUACACGGCGUUGAGCAAACUACCUGCAUGUGAUGUGCAGGUUAUUGGCUGGGGGCGUCAUAAUCUCCUCAGAGUCAGAGGUGUAUAAGAGCUCUUCACCAAACACAGCAGCACAGAUCCACAAGAUUAUCAGGUGUGACAACUCAGCUGGACAAAUAUGAACUUAGAUGUGCCCAGAGCAGAAGCAAAGCCCGGCAGCAAGGCUCCUCUCAGAGCAGCCGGGGGGCCCGCGUCCCCACGCAAAGGCCCGCCCAAGUUCAAACAGAGGAACACGCGCCAGUUCAAGAGCAAGCCCCCAAAGAGAGGCGUCAUCGGUUUUGGAGAGGACAUCCCGGGAAUGGAAGGACUCGGCAUCGACAUCACUGUAAUCUGCCCCUGGGAGGCUUACAGCCAUCUCGAGCUGCACGAACUGGCUCAGUACGGCAUCAUCUGAGAGACGCCAGCGUGGGCGCAUGUGCAGGGACGAGAUGCGCUGACCAGCCCCCGAACCGGCACCAGGACCCAGAAAACCUCAACCCAACGCUUCCACUUCAUCCAUCUACGUAGUAACAGCCUAAUGACUCUGGGGUUGCCGUGGAAACUGUGACAGUUUGGAAACACGGUUUCCAUCAACAAGCUCAGAAUAAAGCUUGGACUUUAAAAAACAAA